CUGAAACAGGAAGUCAGUCAGUUAAGCUGGUGGCAGCAGCCGAAUCCACUGAGAGGGGACAGACAGGUCUCAGUGCAGGGGCUUCCACUCCCCUUGGUGGUGUGUCGGUCCCGUGGGUGUCCGCCGGCCCCACCUGAGAAGGCCUGCACCCACCAUGGUCCCCUGCUGGAAUCACGGCAACAUCACCCGCUCCAAGGCGGAGGAACUGCUCUCCAGGACAGGCAAGGAUGGGAGCUUCCUCGUGCGUGCCAGCGAGUCCAUCUCCCGGGCCUACGCGCUUUGUGUGCUGUAUCGGAAUUGCGUCUACACUUACAGAAUUCUGCCAAAUGAAGAUGACAAAUUCACUGUUCAGGCAUCUGAAGGUGUCCCCAUGAGGUUCUUCACCAAGCUAGACCAACUCAUCGAGUUUUACAAGAAAGAAAACAUGGGGCUGGUAACCCAUCUACAGUACCCCGUGCCACUGGAGGAGGAGGACGCAGGCGAUGACCCUGAGGAGGACACAGAAAGCGUCACGUCUCCACCCGAGCUGCCUCCAAGAAACAUCCCUCUGACUGCCGGGCCCUGUGAGGCCAAGGAGGUUCCUCUUUCAACUGAGAAUCCCCGGGCUACUGAGGUCAGCCGGCCGAGCCUCUCAGAGACACUGCUUCAGCGACUGCAGAGCAUGGACACCAGUGGCCUUCCAGAAGAGCAUCUUAAAGCCAUCCAAGAAUAUUUAAGUACUCAGCUCACCCUGGAUUCUGAAUUUGUGAAGACGGGGUCCAGCAGUCUUCCUCAUCUGAAGAAACUGACCACACUGCUCUGCAAGGAGCUCUAUGGUGAAGUCGUCCGGACUCUCCCAUCCCUGGAAUCUCUGCAGAGACUGUUUGACCAGCAACUGUCCCCUGGCCUCCGUCCACGUCCUCAGGCGCCUGGUGAGGCCAACCCCAUCAACAUGGUAUCCAAGCUCAGCCAGCUGACAAGUCACCUGUCCUCCAUUGAAGAUAAGAUCAAGACCUUGCUGCACGAGGGUCCAGAAUCUUCCCACCGGCGUUCCCUCAUUCCUCCAGUCACCUUCGAGGUGAAGUCUGAGUCUCUGGGAAUUCCUCAGAAAGUGCAGCUCAAAGUCGAUGUUGAGUCUGGGAAACUGAUCAUUAAGAAGUCCAAAGAUGGUUCAGAGGACAAGUUCUACAGCCACAAAAAAAUCCUGCAGCUCAUCAAGUCACAGAAAUUUCUGAACAAGUUGGUGAUUUUAGUGGAAACAGAGAAAGAGAAGAUCCUGAGGAAGGAAUAUGUUUUUGCUGACUCCAAAAAGAGAGAAGGCUUCUGCCAGCUCCUGCAGCAGAUGAAGAAUAAGCACUCGGAACAGCCAGAGCCUGACAUGAUUACCAUCUUCAUCGGCACCUGGAACAUGGGUAACGCCCCCCCUCCCAAGAAGAUCACGUCCUGGUUUCUCUCCAAGGGGCAGGGUAAGACACGGGACGACUCUGCCGACUACAUCCCCCAUGACAUUUAUGUGAUCGGCACCCAGGAGGACCCCCUGGGAGAGAAGGAGUGGCUGGAGAUCCUCAAACACUCCCUGCAAGAAAUCACCAGCAUGACUUUUAAAACAAUUGCCAUCCACACACUCUGGAACAUCCGCAUUGUGGUGCUGGCCAAGCCUGAGCAUGAGAACCGGAUCAGCCACAUCUGCACGGACAAUGUAAAGACUGGCAUCGCAAACACGUUGGGGAACAAAGGAGCCGUGGGAGUGUCAUUCAUGUUCAAUGGAACCUCCUUGGGGUUUGUUAACAGCCACUUGACUUCGGGAAGUGAAAAGAAACUCAGGCGAAACCAAAACUAUAUGAACAUUCUCCGGUUCCUGGCCCUGGGAGACAAGAAACUGAGUCCCUUCAACAUCACUCACCGUUUCACCCACCUCUUCUGGCUUGGGGAUCUCAACUACCGUGUGGAGCUGCCCACCUGGGAGGCAGAAACCAUUAUCCAGAAAAUCAAGCAGCAGCAAUAUGCAGAUCUCCUGGCCCAUGACCAACUGCUCACAGAGAGGAAGGAACAGAAGGUUUUCCUGCACUUUGAGGAGGAAGAAAUCACGUUUGCACCCACCUACCGUUUUGAAAGACUGACACGGGACAAAUACGCCUACACUAAGCAGAAAGCAACAGGGAUGAAGUACAACUUGCCCUCCUGGUGCGAUCGAGUCCUCUGGAAGUCUUAUCCCCUGGUGCAUGUGGUGUGUCAGUCCUACGGUAGUACCAGUGACAUCAUGACGAGUGAUCACAGCCCUGUCUUUGCUACAUUUGAGGCAGGAGUCACUUCUCAGUUUGUCUCCAAGAAUGGCCCUGGGACCGUCGACAGCCAAGGGCAGAUUGAGUUUCUCAGGUGCUAUGCCACAUUGAAGACCAAGUCCCAGACCAAAUUCUACCUGGAAUUCCACUCAAGCUGCUUAGAGAGUUUUGUCAAGAGUCAGGAAGGAGAAAAUGAAGAAGGGAGCGAGGGAGAGCUGGUGGUGAAGUUUGGUGAGACCCUUCCAAAGCUGAAGCCCAUCAUCUCUGACCCCGAGUACCUGCUGGACCAGCACAUCCUCAUUAGCAUUAAGUCCUCUGACAGCGAUGAAUCCUACGGUGAGGGCUGCAUUGCCCUUCGGUUAGAGGCCACAGAAACCCAGUUGCCCAUCUACACGCCUCUCACCCAUCAUGGAGAGCUGACAGGUCACUUCCAGGGAGAGAUCAAGCUGCAGACGUCCCAAGGCAAGAAGAGGGAGAAGCUGUAUGACUUCGUGAAGACGGAGAGGGAUGAGUCCAGUGGGCCGAAGUCCCUGAAAAGCCUCACCAGCCAUGACCCCAUGAAGCAGUGGGAACCUGCCAGCAGGGCCCCUCCAUGUGGUGGCUCCAGCAUCACUGAAAUCAUCAACCCCAACUACAUGGGAGUGGGGUCCUUUGGUCAGCCAGUGGCUCUGCACAUGAAGCAGAACCUGUCUCCCGACCAGCAACCCACAGCCUGGAGCUAUGACCCGCUGCCCAAGGACUCCUCCUUGGGGCCUGGAAGGGGAGAGAGUCCUCCAACACCUCCCUGCCAGCCACCCAUAUCACCCAAGAAGUUUUCAUCCUCGACAGCAAACCGGGGUCCCUGCCCCAGGACGCAGGAGCCAAGGCCCACCGAUCCCGGGAAGAACGCGGGGGAGGCGCUGCCUCCGGAGGACCUGCCUCUGACAAAGCCUGAGAUGUUCGAGAACCCCCUGUAUGGAUCCGUGAGCUCCUUCCCGAAGGUGGCUCCCAGGAAGGAGCAGGAAUCCCCCAAGCUGCUGCGGAAGGAGCCCCCGCCCUGCCCGGAGCCGGGCGGCCCAUCGCCUAGCAUCGUGCUCACCAGGGCGCAGGAGGCCGAGCGCAGCGAGGGGACAACCAAGCCGGCGCCCCGGCUGCGCGCCUUCACCUGCUCGAUCUCCGCAGAGGGCAGGGCGGCCGGCGCGGACAAGGGCCAAGGCAAGUCCAAGGCCGCGGCCGGCUGCCAGGCCCCGGUGCCGGUCAAGAGGCCCAUCAAGCCGUCCAGGUCGGAGAUGAGCCAGCAGAUGCUGCCCGCCCCGACGCCGCGGCCGCCCCUGCCGGUCAAGAGCCAAGCGGUCCUGCACCUGCAGCACUCCAAGGGCCGCGACUACCGCGAGCACACCGAGCUCCCACACCACGGCAAACACCGGCCGGAGGAGGGGCCGCUCAGCAGGACCGCCAUGCAGUGAAGCCCUUUGGUGAGCUGCCGAUGAAUUGGGAGCCCAGAGGACCCACACAAAACCACUCGGACCCUCUCCUGGGACCUCCUGCAGGCUCCUCCUACCUAGCUUCUUCCACAAGCCUUUGUGUUUUUCAGGAAAGGGCUUAGUUUCUGUGUGGUCAAGGAGUGCACUGCCAGCAAGACUUGGCACCAAGUGCUGAGUUUGGAAGGAAAACGUGCACCAGACGGGCAACAAGCAACUUGGGUCCCCACCUCGAUCUUGGUACUUGGGCCCCCAGUGCCUUGCUCAAGGUGCCAUUCUGAAGAAAGGAACUGAAGUGCCGAUUCGAGGGUGGAGAUAUAAAUAAUAAUAAUAAUGUUAAUAAUAAUAAUAGCCACAUGGAUCAAGUACUCACCAUGUGCCAAGUGCCGUGCUAAGUGCUUUAUGAACAUUAUGUCAGGACAAUCUCGAGAGCUAAGUCUCUGGCCAACUAAAACCAUGUACCCAAACCUACCAGUUCCAAACGGAGGGGUUUGGACAAAGCAUUAAGAAGGUCAGUGCCCUCCUGGAGCAAGAUGAGGGCUUGGCCUUAGGGAGCUGAAGAGUCUGGGUGGCUAAUGUAGGGUCCAAGGAGUCUGUCCUAUCUAGCUUCAGUGAUGCAAGCUGUUUUAGCUACAGCUCCAGGGGUUCUGGCAUAGCUAGGCAGGGAGCAGGGAUCUACCUGGCUUCUCACUUCUUUAGCUGGAAGAGUGGGAAAAUCAACUCCUACUCUCCAGUGGUGAGAUCUGGCCUCAGCCCAAUCUAGGGAUGCCAAGGCCUAUGCUGGGUUCCCUGUGUCCUCCUCAAAGUGGGCAACCCCCACCAGCUGUGGGUUGAACCAAGCUCACCCACACUGAUCCCAUCAUGCUGAUAGAAGUCUUUGCUGUUGUUCCUACAAGCCAAGCUCUCCAGCCUGGCUGCCAGGGAGGGAGGGUAGGCCUCUUCGUUUCAGGCUCUCGAAAUAGUGCAUCCUUUUCUUCCAAGCUCCGUGGCUUUCAGCUCUGCUUCCUUGGAUACUAGGAGAAUAGACUGGUGGUAUAUUUCCUUGUGUUGCUUUUUGAUAUAACAAUUAAUGUAGGAAACUGAAUCCAGAGGUGUGUGUGAAUGCUGGAGAAUGGGUAAUUGCCCCACGUUCUCAUGGAUGUCAGUCUGUGUGACCAAUAAAUUGUGACUCACUCGG